AUGGGGUACAGCCACAACGUCCGCCGUGAGUCUCUCUCCGGGUUCCUCUCCGUCGCCCGGCCGGACUAUCACGUCGACGUUUUCGAGAACGAUCUAGUGUGGCCAUUUAACAAACUCGACGGAAUUGACCGUGAUGACGUCCGGGAAACCGCCUACGAGAUCUUCUUCACGGCUUGCCGCUCCGCGCCGGGCUUUGGAGGUCGGAACGCUCUCGCAUUUUACUCCUCUUCUAAUCCUGAAAAUGGUGGCAAUGGAGAUGGGCCGUCGGGGCCGAAGACAAAUGCGGUGGUGAUGACGCCGACUAGUCGGAUCAAACGUACACUUGGGUUGAAAAUCUUGAAACGAUCACCAUCGAGAAGAAUGUCGUCCGGUGGGAGUAGUGGCUCUAACCCGUCGUCUCCUAGCUCCCAUAGCUCCAAUGGGUCGAGCCCAAAUUUUUCAUAUACUCUGCCGUCGCCGAGACCUCGCCGGCCAAUGACAUCGGCGGAGAUUAUGAGACAUCAAAUGAAGGUCACAGAACAGAGUGAUAAUCGGCUUAGGAAGACCCUGAUGAGGACUCUUGUUGGCCAAAUGGGAAGACGAGCAGAGACCAUAAUUCUUCCAUUGGAGCUUCUACGCCAUUUAAAGCCAUCGGAAUUCAAUGAUGCAAAUGAGUAUCAUUUAUGGCAGAAGCGGCAGCUCAAGAUCUUAGAGGCAGGGCUUCUUCUUCACCCUUCGAUUCCACUUGAUAAAUCAAACACAUUUGCAAUGCGUCUUAGAGAGAUCAUUCGUGGGUGUGAAUCAAAGCCAAUUGACACAGGGAAGAACUCUGAUACAAUGAGAACGCUUUGCAAUUCUGUGGUGUCAUUGUCUUGGCGCAGUGCCAAUGGGACACCAACCGAUGUAUGUCAUUGGGCUGAUGGCUUCCCUCUCAACAUUCAUAUCUAUGUUGCUCUUCUUCAAGCCAUUUUCGAUUCGAGGGACGAGACGUUAGUACUCGACGAGGUCGACGAACUUCUCGAACUAAUGAAGAAAACAUGGUCGACACUCGGAAUCACAAGGCCGAUUCAUAAUGUGUGUUUUACUUGGGUGUUGUUCCAACAGUAUGUUGUGACAGCACAGCUUGAGCCAGACCUUCUAUGUGCAGCUCAUGCCAUGUUAGCAGAAGUAGCGAAUGACGCGAAGAAGCCGGAUCGAGAAGCGAUGUACGUUAAGCUUUUGACGUCGGUAUUAUCGUCGAUGCAGGGUUGGGCGGAGAAGAGGUUACUUCAUUACCAUGAUUACUUCCAGAAGGGGACAAUUGGUCAGGUGGAAAACCUUCUUCCCUUGGCGCUAUCAGCUUCCAAGAUUCUUGGAGAAGAUGUCACUAUCACAGAAGGUACAGGAAAAAACGAGGGAGAUGUCCUUGUCAUCGACUCGUCCGGUGAUCGUGUCGAUUAUUACAUCCGGAGUUCGAUGAGGAAUGCAUUUGAGAAGGUACUUGAGAAUGGGAAGCUUAUUAAGGAAGAAGCGAGUGAGGCAGCGAGUGAGGUGAGCGAUGUGAGCGAAGCGAGCGAGGCACUGGUCGAGUUGGCGAAAGAAACCGAGGAUUUGACAUUAAAAGAGAGGGAAAGCUUCAGUCCUAUACUAAAGAAAUGGCAUCCAAGUGCAGUGGGAGUAGCAGCAGCUACAUUGCAUAACUGCUAUGGUAGCAUGUUGAAGCAAUACUUAACCGGGGUGGCGACGUUAACGAGCGAGACAAUCGGUGUAUUACAUAGAGCAGGAAAGCUAGAGAAGGUACUCGUUCAAAUGGUUGUUGAGGAUUGCGCCGACUGCGACGACGGCGGGAAGGCGAUCGUUCAAGAGAUGGUUCCUUUUGAAGUAGAGACCAUCAUAAUGAACCUAAUGAAGAAAUGGGUGGAUGAGAGGGUAAAGAAACAAAGGGAGUGUGUUAAGAGAGCUAAAGAAUCAGAGAGUUGGAACCCGAGGUCGAAAACCGAGCCAUACGCGCAGUCGGGUGUCGAGUUAAUGAAGUUAGCUAAGGAAACAGUGGAGGAAUUGUUUGAAAUUGGUAUUGGAGUGAGUGAAGAACUGGUUGAAGAUGUAGCCUCUGGUUUAGAAUCAAUGUUCCAAGAUUACAUCAGUUUUGUGGCAUCAUGUGGUUCAAAACGGAGCUACCUCCCACAGCUUCCGCCGCUAACUCGUUGUAACCGAGACUCCAAGUUGAUCCAGCUAUGGAAGAAAGCUACCCCUUGCAGCGUGGUGGGCGAAGACAUGAUACUCCAUAUUGAUGGCCAUCACGCCCGCCCCUUGACAAGCCGUGGCACUCAGCGGCUAUACAUUCGCCUAAACACACUGCAUUAUAUAUACUCUCACUUACAUUCCUUACACAAACUCCUAUCCCUUUCAUCAACAAAAUCCUCAUACUUUGAGCUAGCAAACUCGGCCAUUGAAUCCGCUUGUGUUCAUGUCUCCGAAGUAGCUGCUUAUCGAAUGGUAUUCCUCGAUUCAAGUUCAGUGUUGUACAACGCGUUAUAUGCAGGCGAUGUCGCCAAUGCGCGACUUCGUCCAGCCUUGCGUGUCUUAAAGCACAACCUGACCUUAUUGUGUGCCAUAGUGACGGAUAGAGCACAAGCCUUGGCAAUGAAAGAAGUAAUGAGAGCCUGUUUUGAAGCGUUUUCGAUGGUUCUUCUUGCUGGAGGAGCGUCGAGGGUGUACUAUCGUUCCGAUCACGACAUGAUUCAUGAGGACUUUCAAAGCUUGAAGAAAUUGUUCUGUGCUUGUGGAGAGGGAUUGAUUGCGGAGAAUGUCGUCGACCGAGAAGCCGAUGCGGUCGAAGGAGUCAUAGCAUUGAUGAACCAAUGUACUGAACAAUUGGUGGAGGAUUUUAGCGUUGUGACUUGUGAAACGAGUGGGAUAGGAGUUGUGGGGUCUGGACAAAAGCUACCUAUGCCUCCGACCACGGGACGGUGGAACCGAGCCGAUCCGAACACCAUUUUACGCGUAUUGUGCCACCGUAAUGAUCGAGCUGCGAACCAGUUCUUGAAGAAAACAUUCCAAUUAGCUAAAAGAAGAUAGAAAAGCAGAGAGGGACAACAGAGAUAGAGAGUUUGUGUGUGUGUGUAUUAUUCCAACUUUCAAUUAAGUUUGGGAAAUACAGAGACAUUGAGG